AUGUCAGAACGCUUGAGGAACGCCUCCGGGCGCUUUCUCCCCAAAGGCCCUUCUCAGGGCCAACCCAGAGACCCUUCUCAGGGCCAACGCAAAGGCCCUUCUCAGGGCCAACCUAUGUCCCGGGAUGCUUCGGCAUCGGAGACCAGCCGCGCACCAUCUGCGGCCAGUCUCAUUCGUGGAAACGACGUCGUGUCGGACUUCUCGGACACGGAGUCAUUAAUGAGCGGGUCGAACUGCGGUUCAACUAGUCGCCAGUCGCGGAAGAGGAUCUUCCUCAGACGGGGCUCCGGAGGCUCUCCGGACGCCGCUGAAAAGCCAGCGAAGCGGGCCGUCAUCCAGGCGGACUUGGAGGAGAGCAUUGCCUCCAAAGAACAGCGGGCGCGAACCACCAGAGCCAAGGCUGGCUACGGCGCCUCCAUUGUCGUCUAUGCGGACCACUCCGUAGGGGAAAUGGAGCGUAUGGCUCUGGAGGACCAGGCGGAGAUCUUGGAGGUGGCAUCCAAGUCCUCCAACUUGAAGGGAACCUUUCAGAAGGCCCUGAAAUGCCGGGCAGCAAGCAUGCUCGGCAUAGUCAAGGAGCUAGCUCACCGCAACACCUCCGACGAGACACGACUACUGCAAGCGAAGGUGGAUCGCCUGCAGAAAGAAGUGUCCACGCUGCACGCGCGCGUUGCCGAGCUCAUUUCUCGGCAUGAGGGAACGUCGGCAGGUCCAACAACGACUCCCCCCCUCUCCAACCUUGAGGAUGUCAUCCGCAAGGUUGUCAUGGAGGAGAGGGCCUUCACCAGGGCCUGCCUGGCGGGUAUAGAGGACCGGCUUCUGCCGGAGAAGCGGCUCCGCCCUCCACUCGCGGCGGACAAGGUGCCCGAAGCGACGCCUAGUGCACCGGAGCCCACAACGGCACCAGUCCAGUCAGAGCAGCCUAAGGGCAAAGGAAAGGGCAAGGGCAAAAAGACGGCCGCCCCGACUGCCCUAACGGUCCCUCAGGCUAUACAGACGGAAGACCCAUUCCUGCCCUCCACCACCCCUUCCAACCAGCCUUGGACAAAGGUGGUACGGCGGAAGGGGAAGAAGUCGGCCCCCUUACCGCCUGCAGCCAAGCCUGCAGCUAAACCUGCAGCUACGGUGGUCAAGAAGAAGAAGCUCCCUCCUCCUCCAAGAACCGCCGCGGUGGUGGUUACUUUGACCCCAGAAGCAGCGGGGCGCGGGGAGACAUACGAGUCCGUGCUGCGACGGGCUCGUACAAACGUCAACCCAACGCAACUUGGGGCUGGCAGGGUCACAUGUCGGAAGACCCAAACGGGGGCUCGAAUAUUCGAGUUCUCGGGCGAGCAAGGCGGCGCCAAGGCGGAACUCUUUGCGUCCAAACUCCGAGAGGUUGUCGCGGACACUGCGAAAGUAGUAAGGCCCGUCAAAUGCGUGGCGCUAGAGGUGACCGACCUCGACGACUCGGUCACGCAAGAGGAGGUUGUGGCAGCGGUUGCGGCGGUAGGGGGCUGCGCCGCUGAAUCUGUCAGGAGCCGGGCCAUAAGGCAAGGACGCGGGGGUUUGGGCACUCUAAGGUUAGAGUGCCCUGUCGUAGUGGCCAAGGCGGUCCUGGCCAAAGGUCACCUCUCGGUCGGGCUUAGCUCGGGUGGGGUCCGGAUUCUUGGGGAAGAGCCGUUGCGCUGUUUCAAGUGCUUCGGGAUCGGUCACACCCGGGCUCUGUGUCCAUCAAUUGCAGACCGCAAGAACAUGUGCUUCCGGUGCGGAAAGGAGGGGCACAGGUCUGCCGCUUGUGAGGCAGCAAACCCGCACUGCGUGGUAUGUGCUGCCAGUGGUCGUCCGGCCAACCACGUCAUGACGGGCAGGAAGUGCUGUCCGCCCGCAAAGAAGGGUAAAGUGCAGGCACCGGUGGGGCCUGCCGUUGCUGCCGCUACUGAAACCCCAGUUCCAGUGCCGGCCAUCGAGGGGAAUGCGAUGCUCACCGACUAA